GUGUGGGAGGGUCUUCGGGGCGGGCUCGGGGAGGUCCCGGGGGAGAUGGGGCAGUGAGCGGGUCUGGGCGGCUGCCCGCAGCGACAUGGAGACGGUGCAGCUGAGGAACCCGCCGCGCCGGCAGCUGAAAAAGUUGGAUGAAGAUAGUUUAACUAAGCAACCAGAAGAAGUGUUUGAUGUCUUAGAGAAACUUGGAGAAGGGUCCUAUGGCAGCGUAUACAAAGCUAUUCAUAAAGAGACUGGUCAGAUUGUUGCUAUUAAACAAGUUCCUGUGGAAUCAGACCUGCAGGAGAUAAUCAAAGAAAUCUCUAUCAUGCAGCAAUGUGACAGCCCUCAUGUAGUCAAAUAUUAUGGCAGUUAUUUUAAGAACACAGACUUGUGGAUCGUUAUGGAGUACUGUGGGGCUGGUUCUGUGUCUGAUAUCAUCCGGUUACGAAAUAAAACGUUAACAGAAGAUGAAAUAGCUACAAUAUUGCAAUCAACACUUAAGGGACUAGAAUACCUUCAUUUUAUGAGAAAAAUACACCGAGAUAUCAAGGCAGGAAAUAUUUUGCUAAACACAGAAGGACAUGCAAAACUUGCAGAUUUUGGGGUAGCAGGUCAGCUUACAGAUACCAUGGCCAAGCGAAAUACAGUGAUAGGAACACCAUUUUGGAUGGCUCCAGAAGUGAUUCAAGAAAUUGGAUACAACUGUGUGGCAGACAUCUGGUCUCUGGGAAUAACUGCCAUAGAAAUGGCCGAAGGAAAGCCACCAUAUGCUGAUAUCCAUCCAAUGAGGGCAAUCUUCAUGAUUCCUACCAACCCUCCUCCUACAUUCCGAAGGCCAGAACUGUGGUCAGAUAACUUCAUGGACUUUGUGAAGCAGUGUCUUGUAAAGAGCCCUGAGCAGAGAGCCACAGCCACUCAGCUCCUGCAGCACCCAUUUGUCAAGAGUGCCAAAGGAGUGUCGAUACUGAGGGACUUAAUUAACGAAGCCAUGGAUGUGAAACUGAAACGCCAGGAAGCCCAGCAACGGGAGGUGGACCAGGAUGAUGACGAGAACUCGGAAGAGGAUGAAAUGGACUCCGGCACAAUGGUUCGAGCAGCAGGUGAUGAGAUGGGCACUGUCCGAGUAGCCAGCACCAUGAGUGACGGAGCCAAUACCAUGAUUGAGCACGAUGACACAUUGCCGUCACAGCUGGGCACCAUGGUGAUUAAUGCAGAGGACGAGGGAGAGGAGGGGACGAUGAAAAGAAGGGAUGAAACCAUGCAACCUGCAAGACCAUCUUUCCUUGAAUACUUUGAACAAAAAGAAAAGGAAAAUCAGAUCAACAGCUUUGGCCAGAGUGUACCUGGCCCACUGAAGAGCUCUUCUGAUUGGAAAGUACCACAGGAUGGAGACUAUGAGUUUCUGAAGAGCUGGACAGUGGAAGACCUUCAGAAGAGGCUCUUGGCCCUCGACCCCAUGAUGGAGCAGGAGAUUGAAGAGAUCCGGCAGAAGUACCAGUCGAAGCGGCAGCCCAUCCUGGACGCCAUUGAGGCCAAGAAGCGGCGUCAGCAGAACUUCUGAGCAAGGCUGUGGGGGGCCCUGCCUCCGCACCAGGCCUCCGGUGGACUGCAGAUUGCUUGCCACUCAAGUUCGGCAGCCACCGCUCCUGCCCCUCUUUUCUCCACAGCACCUUUGUGAACUCAGGAACACGCACCAGCGGGAAGGGCUGCCUUGACAGUCAGUGUGCCAUCUUGAUGUAUUUAAAUUGGCCAGGUAUAUUAUUUCAAAAGAUUUAUAUUGGCUCUGUUAAACCCAGAGUUUUAAACCCCAGGAACAGAGACUCCUCCUUGAGUGACAGCUUGGAAAGUUUUAUAUAAUGUCUUUUGUUUUCCUUCUCCCAAUAGCUUUCAAUUGUUCUUUCUGAGAGACUUUUUAAAAAUAUAUAAAUAUGCACAUAUAUAUAUAAAUUAUAAUGAGAUAUGCCACUCAGUGUGGUGGCAUCUCUGUACAGGUACAGUUUUAAACGGUUUGCCUCUUUUCUGUAAGAUUACGGUACUGUGGAACAUGAGGGCAGGAGCCACGGUGACACUGUUGGUGGCCCUGUACUCCCAGGAGCCAGCCUCACCCUUUCACAGGGCUGCAUUCGAAGAUGAGGGGUGGGCCAGUUCUUUGACCAUGGUUUCAGCUUUGAGUGGGUCAUUCCCGGCUUCUAGAGCUACUGUGAUAUCCAAGGGAAAGUGGUGAGAGCUUGUGUUUACUUUUUGAGUCCCAGGAGAAGCCUGGCACCCUCUCUGCAAAUUGGCCUUUGUGGUUUCAAUGCCUUCCAUCCUUGUCCACUCUCCCAACCGCCUACAGUCCCAGCACAGAUACUGCCUAGUGCCUUAAGAGGAGACGUGAUCCAGUGAGGGGCGGGCCCACCAAGAACUCUCAGCAAACAUGGGGCUGUAUGUGGUGCACAAAAGGGAAAGGGUUUUCCAAGUUCUCCUUGUUCAUGUGAAGAUCACACCUGCGGCAUUUUGCUCCCCUUUCCUUACAGAGAGGGGGAAGAGGGCAUUUCUUUUGUGAUCCACAUUCAAAUAUGUAACUGUUUUGUUUUUAUUUUACUGUGAAGGGGUCUGGAAAGGAUAUGUGAAUAUCAGACUAAGGUUUGUUCUCCAGGAGGCUCAGCCCAGACACACAGACCGUCAGAGGUAGAAGGGACCAUCAGCAUCAUCUGGUCUGACUGAGGCUUAGAAGGGGAAGUGACAUGGCCAAAAUCACGGAGCAAGUUAUUCAGAGCUGGAGCUAGACCUCAGGGCUCCUUACUCCCAGGCCACUGAAUCAGGCAGCCGCUUCAUCAAGGGAAGAAACUUGUGUCUGUUUUUGUUCAGUUGUUCCAGGGAACCCUGCUGAUGGAAGCCUGCUCUUGCUUUGUCUCUUCAUUGGGUGACUGCCUACGAAGGGAUUCCCAAGGGGAGCCAGAUCAUUCCAUAUCAGCCAUGCCAGGAGUUCUGCAUUGUCCGCCAGAUAGCUGACAAGCAUCAUGCCCACAGAUUUAGGGCCACAAGCAUAUUAGAGGCUUUCCACAACACAGCACCGAGCCAUUUGUCUUCAGGGCUGGUCCAAGGCCACAUGUCAUUUAGUCACACAGCAAAGAGUAGGCAGUUGGGAAAUGCAAAUAUCUUUUUAUUUUCUAAUAUUUCUUCCCCUUAGACAGGGGAGCUAUGACUUAGGGGGCACCUAAGGAUACUGUAAUUUGACUCCAUAAUUGCCUUUUCUUCCCAAACCUGGGUAUCAGUGGAAAGGCAGGGAAUAAUCCCCUUCCGUGGCCAAGUUCUGUCCUUUGCAAUUAAAGCAAGUUUUUUUUUAAAUGCAAGAGGCAGUUUGGCUUGGCCAAUUGCGCAGCUAUGUGGCAGACACAGAGAAUGGAGAACAGUUUGAGAAUCCUGCUAGAAUAAUACAUGGCAGCUAGCAUUUGUUGACCAUUUACUAUAGCCAGGCAUUGAGCUAGGUGGGCUCUUUAUAUAUGUCAGCUCCAAAGUCCACAAUAACUCCAUGAGUUAAGUACUUUUCUCCAAUUCAUAGAUGAAGGAACAGGUUCAAAUAGAGAAAAGUUCUUUCCCAAGGCAAUACAACUAGUAAGUGGUAGAAUCAGGAUUCUUAGCAUCACCAUAUGGGACCAGUAUUUACAGGAAAAAGCAAAGUCACAAGUCUUAAAAUGAAGUUACCACCUUUUCUUGUAUAGACUAAAUAAUUCUAACUGGUAUUUUUAGGUUGGGAACCAACUGAAUUAGUAGUUAAGUCUAACAGUCAAGCGAGUUUUAAAGACCAAAACAUAGAGCAUGCAUUCCCCCACACCAUCUGCUCUGCUAAUUCACAGACCUGCCUCCAUCUCUUUCUUUUUUAAAAGGGAUGUUGCACUUGGCCAGACAGAGGGGGAAUGCCCAUUUUCUCCCUUCCUAAACUAGAUCCAAGUAAAGGAAGGUUCCGUUUUUCCCCAUAAAUAUUCUUGGGUCAUGAAUCUUGAUCUGGAGUUUAUUUUGUUUUAAGCAUGUGUGCACCCUCCAUGCUGGGCCAACAAAGUACAUCGCUCACCAGUCUAGCUAGUCAGAGCCCUUUGACCAGAAGUCAGUUUCUUUUGAAUCAGAUAAAUUUCCUGCAUUUGUUGGAUUUGUUUUCCAGUUCCAGAAAGGUAGGUAGAUAAGCAAGUCCUGGUCAUUUUUUUCACUGAAUACUAAUAAGUUCAAGAAAGAUCAGCUUGCUUUCAUUAAGCCCUGAGGUUCAGUCGUUGCUUGAGGAUUUUUGACUCAAGCUUCCAGGGAACUCUGAGGCUCUCACUUGUUUUCUCCAACUGAGAAACAAUGAUCCACACAUAAUUUUAAAAUCUUUUAAAAAAUCUCAAAUUCUCUAGGAAUAUCUUAAAUGCUUUCUCAUCAGCAAUUUGGAAGCAAAUUUCAAUAUUUCUUUUUCCUUUGUUCCUUCUCCCAACUACCAAUUGGAUGAAUGGAUGAAUGAAUGUUUGGCUUGCUAGAUGAAUAGAUGGAUGGAUAGACAGACAGAACUCUUUAACAACUUAAAAAUAGCCUUGACUCCUUGAAACUGUAGAUUUUCAUGUAGGAAACACUUAUUUGCACCUACCAGAUGUCAGAAACUUUAUUAAAGACCAAAACGUAGAGCAUGCAUUCCCCCACACCAUCUGCUGUGGAUUUAAAAUUCCAUAGUUUUUACCAAUAUCAGGAAUGAGGGAAGUGACAUCAUUAUAGAUCCUACAGAUGUUAAAAGGCUAGUUACAAUAUUGUGAACAACUUUUUGCAAAUAAAUGCAACAACUUAAGUAAAAUGGACGAAUUCCCUGAAAGAUACAAACUACCAAAGCUCACGCAAAAAGAAAUAGAUACUCCACAUAGCCCUCUAUCUAUUAAAACUCAAUCACUCUGGGAGAUACAGGUAUUAUUGUCUUCAUUUUACAGAUAAGGAAACUGAGGCUCAGAGAGGUAAAGUUUGUUGCUUAAGAUUGUGUAGCUAGAAUAUGGCAGAGCUAGGAUUCAAAUCCAGGUCUUCUGAUUCUUAUUCCAGUGCCCUUUCUAGCAUACCAUGUUGCCUCUAAAGACUGAAGCUCCUUACAUACUGGAAAAUUGUUCCUCCCCUGUCCACACCCUCCCAUUCCAUCCUUUCUUAAGCACUGUGUUUAUGUCUUCAUCAGGAAUGGUCAUUAUAUUUGGAAUCCAUGUUCUUUUUUGUGUCUGGAAAAAAAAUCUCUCCCACCAGCUUGCACUUGGACCAACUUAGAAAAAAAUAAGCUUAAAUGCUGUUGUAAAUGUACAACUUAAAAAUGUGAAGUUUGUAGCUUUAACUUUUUGUAACAAAAAUUAGUAACACUGGCUUAAGUGCUGACUUGAAAUGCUAUUUUAUAAAGUUUUGGUGUAAAUAAUCCAUAGAGGUCAGCAGUUUGUAUAUGUAUGAAAUAUAGCUUCCUCCACUGCAUUUUUUUUUUUAGAUGCUUCCUAUGUGCUUUUAUGUUAAAAUUGUUGUUCUCCCUUCUUCCUGCUUCCUACACCUUGUCACCUUUGUUUUAAAUAAACGUCCUUUGGACCACA